AUGAUGAUGUGGUUCCAUGGAACAGCGACAUCUUCUGAUCUCCAUGGUGACCUGGCUUUGGCCACAGAGCUCGUCCAGAACUUAUUCCGAACGUCUGCGGCUUUGCAUAAGAUCUUUUUCUCUGCAUCGUCGGCUUCGUCUGCAUGUCUCAUGAAGUGGCUUCGGGACCUGGUGAAGGCUGGGGGCAGCAUCUCCUCACCUUUAGCCUCCUAUCAGCUGCAGAAGAUCCUGGGCUCAGGAUGCUUCGGCACGGUCGCCCUCUGUAUCAAAAACAACACCAACCAGAAGGUGGCGCUGAAGGUGGUUAAGGGUCCUGACCAUGAGGUCAAAAAGGGCCACCCAACAGCAUCAAGCUGCAAGGGCUCGUGA